AUGGCCGGCUCAGCACAAUGCGAGUCCGACUUCGACAUAUCGCAUUACAUCAACGAGUCGCACUUCGCGAACGAGUUUAUCGAUUCCGAUGAAGGGAGUCCGCUUCCCGACCUGCUCGAAUCCGAUGUUGCCAGCCCCCGGCCUCACCGCCCGCACAGCUCCGGCGCCGAUUCAUUUCACGCCAUGCCGGAUGCCCCGCAAGAUUGUGGUUCCCCGUCGGAAGCCCUCGGGCUUGUGAGCGCGGGCUCGCGCUCUAGGAAUGGUCAUCACGGGUCCACAUUUGACUCGACGUCUUCGAAGCGGACGUCAACCACAGCCCUAACACAACUAACGGCGGGCGAUUUGCGGAUGGAUGGUGGCGCCAAUGGCAAGACGGAUUGGGACAUGAUGGCGGACGCAUUCCCAGGGACCGACGCCAGCGUGUUCCCUAUGGGGGGGCAAACAUUCGAGUUCUUAAAUGGGCGUACCGCCGCGCAGUCCCGGAUGCAAAGCCCAAUGGACAGUCCUAGUCCGUUCGGGUCCGCUCUCACCGCGCUAUCUCCCGACGCUACGAUGGCCUCUCCGCCGUCUGGCGAUGAGAGCUACCUGCCAUUCACAUUCAAACCCCCGGGGCUGCGACCGGAGGCGACAUCCGAAGGGCCGUUGUGUAUGCGCCCUUCCCAACCGCCGGCGGCGGUAAAGUACGAAUUUCACGGCUCACAGGAGGCAGGCGCCGGUUCGACAAGCAUGGCUGGGUUCAUGGACGCCAUAUAUCCAAACGCGGGCCAGCUCGCCGCGGGGGGCCCGUUCUUCCACAACAACACGCACAUGCCCACACAAUUACCUGUUGACUAUCAGCCAUACGGCCCCGGACCGUACACGUUAGAAGUUGGUGCCACCAACACCAAAUCCCGAGUCGAAACGCAGAUCACGAUCAAGCUCAGGCUCCCCCAACUCCCGCUCGGGGCCACAAAAGUUCAUCUUCCCAAGCACACGAUCAGCAAGCCCAAAUUCUGGACGAAACCGCCACCGCAACCGUCCCCGGACACUCUCGAGCUACACGCAAUGCUUGUUUGCACGAGCGCGAUGCAGGUACAGCAGCAAAGAACGGCGGCCCUUCAGCGGGCGCAGAAAGCUGCAGGACUGCGCAAGAAACAAGACAACGCAAAGUCGGAGGAGGAGGGCGAAGAGGUGAAGACGCAAGAGGGGGGCGAGGUGCAAAUCUGCGAGAAUUGCAUAGGCAGGGAACGGAAACGUGCGGGUCGUAAGAAGUCGAAGCACCCACAGGACGAAGAGGCUUGGAGGCAGGACGAGGCGAGGCGAGUAAUCGUCUUCAACACGCAGGAGGUCAAGGAGUGGGCCUUGCAGAACCACCCCGAGACCGGUUCCCGGAGGUAUUGGCAGGUGGAGGCGCCUAUGAGGAUUGCCUGUUACUGUCGACACCACGCCGAAAAGCAGGGGUUCCAGAUCAUCUUCACCCUGACCGACCAUCUCGGCAAGCUCGUCGCUCAGACCAUGUCAGAAUCCAUCAUGAUCACCGACGAUCACAAGACGACAAGCCCCAAUCCCGUUUCCAAGCCCGCUCCCGGGGUGCCGGCCACACUGCUCACCCCACGAGAAGAGCUUCCCUUGCAGGUCGCUCCGGGCCCUGGGCCUUCCUUGGAGUCAUCCCCAAGCCUAGACCUGCAGGCCGCGAGAAGGAGCUCUUCGAGCUCGACGCCGAUCUCGGCAGUGCCGCCGGAGCAACUUCAGCCAUCUUUGACCGCUCAACACCUCUCCCGCCCGGCGUCCCCUUCGUUCUCUACUGGACCAGCGAAACGGCGGAGAGCCAACAACUCGACGUCAAAAAUACCUAGUGACUUGGCCAUGACGCCGCUCGAUACAUCGUUUUUGUCCGCUCCCCGGAUGCCUCCUUCUACGGGUUCGAACAUGAUCACGCCGGCAUCGUCGUCGUUUUCCCCGACACCUCCCCCAUCGUUCCCGCCACCCGCCGAGCUGCAAUUGUUUGGCCCCGGCCCUACCAUGUCUGAGGCAUCGACAAAUCCGUUCGGGAAUAACCCACUCCCAGGCGGCAACAAUAGCCAGCUUCUUUCGCCCAACCCGAGCAGGACGCCUAGCCUGGCCAACUUGGCCAUGUCUAUGUUUGGCCCACCUUCAUCAGCGCGGCAUAAUCCUGCUGUCUCUUCGGCUACUUCCCCCGCCGCUCCCCGGAACGCACCGCACGCUACCCCGGGCCAAGGGAGGAACCAACAGCCCCAGACGCAAAGGGCUAUUUUCAAGGUCAUCCCCGGCGAAGGGCCCGUCACUGGCGGUAUCGAGGUCACAUUGAUGGGCCAAGGAUUCGAAGCUGGCAUGCAGGUCAUGUUUGGCGACAAGCAAGCGCCGGGGACCAUGUACUGGUCAUCAGAAAGUCUGGUGUGCCUGCUGCCUCCAUCCGAGAUGGCUGGCAUGGUGCCUGUCACCAUCAGGGGCCUGAACCUGGGCCCUCAGUGGUUCCGAUACGUGGAUGAUAGCGAGCAGCAGCUCCUUCGCACGGCACUGAUGAUCCUCGGCAACAAGAUGACGGGCGGAUAUGAGGACCCGACCGAAUUUGCCCGCCGGAUUAUCAAGGAAUCUUCGAACGGUUACCCCUCGGGUGGUGGCGACAUGUCCGGCGUAGAGGGCUCUUCCAAUCAUGCCAUGGACAACUUUGAGAACCAUCUCCUCAAGCUCAUGGAGCUGAUGGACCUCAGCAACAGCACCCGGAAGCCGCGGCUCAACCUCAGGCGGAGGAUAACGGGCCAAACCAUGCUGCAUCUGGCUUGCAAGAUGGGUCUACACCGUUUCGUUGCUGGUCUUCUGGCGCGAGGCGCGAAUCCAGACCCGCGCGACAACGGCGGCUACACGGCAUUACACAUGGCGUCCAUGAGCAACCACACCCAGAUUGUCCGGCUCCUGAUUGCCCACGGGGCAGAUUCGACAUUGCGGACCUUGUCAGGCCUGACGGCUGUUGAUGUCGCCAAGUCAAGGGAGGUUGUGCGCAUCAUCCACCGCUUCGAGCAGCAUCGACGAUCGCAAAGUGACAGCUCGUCGCAUAGCCGCGUCAACAGUGUCGCGAGCUUCAAGUCAAUUCGGGCGGCUGUAUCCCAAGAAAUCGCUGAUACGUCGAGCGAUGAACCCGGACCUGAGACGGAAAGCUCAGAAGAGUACUCGGAAGCUUAUUCCUCGGAUCUUGCUGAGGAGACCAGAGCUACUGAUCCGGCGGAUCUUCGCAUCCGUCGCAAGAGCGCUGUCAACACCCCCGCGCGUACGAGGAGUCCGUCUCGUCCCCGUCGCCGAGGUACCGAUGCAACGGGCGCUCUUAUGGGUGCGAUCAAGGAGCAAGUUGCGGCUCAGUUCCAGCAGCUCCAUCAGAGGAUGGAGCCGCACCUACAAUAUCUGCCGCAGCUGCCGCAGCUCCCCCAACUUCCCCAGUUGCCCCAGUUCCCCCAGUUCGCGCAGCUGCCCAACUUCCCCCAGAUCCCCAACAUGCCCCCGCUGCCGGAGUACCAAAACCAGGUUUUGCAGCGGCUCGCGACCAUGAUUGGCGGCCCCAGACCAGGGCCGGGUGAGGACGGAGCCCCGAACAGAGGCACUGAGAGCACCUGGCAAUACCUGUCACCCUUCGCCACCAAGGCCACGGCACCGCCGCCAGCCUACGACGAGCUCUUCCCUCACCAAGGCGACCUAGACACGAAACGAUCGUCCGCCGCCCAAGCAGCCGUCGACGCCGCGGCAGACUCCAAAUGCGCCACUCUGUUCGAUCAGGCGGAGACGUCGGCCUCGGCAAGCGCCGAAACUACCGCCGCCAUCGUGGAGGACAAUGGCGAGGAGUCGGAGGGCCAGGAGAUCCCCGCACUCUUGCAGAUCGGCCGCAAGGAUGCCAUCACCCGCGAGCAGCAGGACACGCUCCGGCGAGCACACGCGCAGAAUCUCAAGAAGUUGAGCUGGGACCGGAACCUGUUCUUUAUCUGGAUUCCACUGCUCAUCCUCAUGAUCGGUGCCAUGGCCUACCACGGCAUGCCGGGCUUUGUCGGGACGACCCGCAUCCCGGUCUCGGUUGUUUCGAGGGCCCAGGUUGGGGUACGUCUGGCUGUUCCUGCUGCCGGCGUGUAG